UAUAUCUUCAGGCAUGCACUUGUGUUCGAAUUCCGUACAGUACAGCUUCUAGCUUCUUGAAAUACUGAAAGUUUUCGCUAAAUUCAUUUGAGAAGUAUUAUCUUGUCGAAGGUUUGUCAAUGUUGAUUAUUCUGAUAUAUUAGUCUGACUCUAUUUAAUCAAUGACGGGCCUUAUUUAAUGUCACAUAGGAUUUUGUUGAAGUGUCAAACCGUCGCGCGAGAGUUGGAGCCCUAUUUCUGUUUCAAAACCCCAGCAUCUGUUACAUCGAAGAUCUGUGGCAUCGCUCUGUGGUCUGCUAAGGCCAUCGGUAAGUACCCAUAUUUAGAAUGAAUUUUGCAUGGUAGAUC